UAAAUGAAUCUCACGGCGGGAGGGGGGCGUCGCCAUUUUGUUUGUUUUAGUGAAACUGUACAGUGGGAGGAGGGUGAGAAAGGUACCCUAGAUACGGUUGCUAAAUACGGAAAGCUACGAUAGGACCGUUCCGCGUUCAGCGUCCCCCACCACCUCAGUGUGAGAAGGUGCAGGGACGAUGUUCUACGCCCACUUUGUCCUCAGCAAACGUGGGCCGCUGGCCAAAAUCUGGUUGGCGGCCCACUGGGAUAAGAAGCUGACCAAAGCACACGUGUUUGAGUGCAAUCUGGAGAGCAGUGUAGAGAGCAUCAUCUCUCCAAAGGUAAAAAUGGCUCUCCGUACAUCUGGUCACUUACUCCUUGGCGUAGUGAGGAUCUACCACAGAAAAGCCAAGUACCUGCUGGCAGACUGCAAUGAGGCUUUUAUUAAGAUUAAAAUGGCUUUUCGCCCAGGUGUGGUCGACCUGCCUGAGGAGAACCGUGAAGCUGCCUACAACGCCAUCACAUUACCCGAAGAAUUUCACGACUUCGAUCAGCCUCUUCCGGACCUGGACGACAUUGACGUUGCUCAACAGUUCACCCUGAAUCAGUCGCGUGUGGAGGAGAUCACAAUGCGAGAAGAAGUAGGAAACCUCAAUCUGCUACAGGAGAAUGACUUUGCUGAUUUCGGGAUGGAUGACAGAGAGAUGAUGCGAGAGGAAGGUGCAUUUGAAGUGGACAUCAUCCAUGGAGCGUCUGCGUCUAACCUGCUGCUGGAGACAGAGUCAAGUAGCGUACAGAUUGCUGACAAGUCCAAUCACCUAGAGUAUGACCAAUACAAAGAUGACUUUGGAGACAACCCUAUGGAGAGCACAGAGGGAGGCAUGCUGGUGGACAAGCUGCUCAGUAACGAGGAUGGAGGUGGUAUUUUUGAUGACCCUCCAGCCAUCGCUGAGGGUGUGAUGAUGCCCCAAGACCACGGUGGAGAUGAUGAUGAUGAUUUUGACAACCUUUCACCCGCAGGAGGUCCAGACAGUCCUGAUUCUGGUCCUGUGGAGCAGCUGCCCACCAUGACAGACCAGACUGAACAAACCACCCUAGUCCAUAAUGAGGAGGAGGCUUUUGCUUUGGAGCCCAUCGACAUUACAGUGAAGGAAACCAAAGCAAAAAGAAAGAGGAAGCUGAUUGUGGACAGUGUGAAGGAGCUGGACAGUAAGACCAUCCGUGCCCAGCUGAGCGACUACUCUGACAUUGUCACCACUCUGGAUCUGGCUCCCCCUACCAAGAAGCUGAUGAUGUGGAAGGAAACAGGAGGAGUGGAGAAGCUCUUCUCUCUGCCAGCUCAGCCCCUCUGGAACAGCAGACUGCUCAAGAUGUUCACACGCUGCCUGACCCCUCUGGUGCCCGAUGAACUGAGGAAGAGAAGAAAAGGUGGAGAAGCAGACAGCUUAGAUGAGUUCAAAGACCUGGAGAACCCUGAGGUACCACGAGAAGAGGCCCUGUCUCAGCAACGAGACAUCAUUGACCAGACCAUCCUGGAGGAGCCCAGUGUUCUGCAGGCUUCAGCCAUGGAGGGCAGUCGCACAACCCUUGAUGAAUCAGUCAUGCCUCCUCCAUCUGGACCCCGUGGACAAAAGCGCAAAGCUCAGGACACAGAGCCUGCCUUACCUAUGCUGGAGGAUGAUCGUUCCUCUAUUGUGUCCACACAGCAUGUGAACAUGCAGCAGGUGGACCUUCCUCCACCUGAGGAACCAACCAACAUCUCACAGUUUAUCCCUGAAUUCGACCUGAUAGGAGAGAAGAGCAAAGAGAAGAAGGAUGAUGAUGAGGAGGAGGAGGAGGAGGAAGGUCAAAGCGGAGACCAGGAUCAGGAGGAGAGAAGGUGGAACAAGAGGACGCAGCAGAUGCUGCACGGUUUACAGAGAGUCAUUGCUAAGACCGGAGCAGAAUCAAUCAGCUUGCUGGAACUGUGCAGAAGUAACAACAAGAAACAAGCAGCUGCUAAGUUCUACAGCUUUCUCGUGCUGAAGAAACAGCAGGCGGUGGAGCUCAGGCAGGACGAGCCCUACAGUGACAUCAUCGCCACCCCUGGCCCCCGAUUUCACAUUAUAUAGACAUUUUAUGGUCAACACUGGCAGAUUUUAUUGUUUUUAAUAGUUUUGUUUGUAUAUAAUGUGUUAUGUAUUUCUGUGCAUGUGCAUUUUCAUGCAUACUACAUGUGGACUCCGUCUCACAUGCAAAAAAAUUUUUUUAUAAAUGUAAAUAAAAGUGCUUCUUUUAGCAGUUUCUCAAUACAAGCAUGCACAUUGGACAAAAAAACUAAAUGGUUCUGAACUGUUCUGGCCUAGUUGAGGUUAAAAAUAUAAUGUUUUGUUCUCAAACUUACAGAAAUGCUUAUCUUAGAAAACAAAUGGUCUGAAUGGUGGUAGGUUUUCAUAGGAAAGUACGAAUCUAAUUGCUAUCAUUGAAGUGAAAUUGCACAGCUGUUGCCACUCCAUUUGUUUGUUGUGCUCACUUUCAAAGGCUUUUAGCCUUCAGUUUGUUCUCUUUAAUCACGUUUUCAGAUGCAUCUGUUUCAUUAUUUAAUGGUUCCUGUUGUUUUGCAUGCUUUGAAUUACAUGUUGACAUGCAACAUACAUGUUUACUUUCAUGAAAGUAUUUUCUUUGUUUAAACAUAAAAGAGUAACAUUUUAGCUGCUCCAAAGAUACAAAAAAGAAGAAAAUUUCAUAGUUUGUAUGUUUAAAAAUAUAUAUAUUUAAUGAAGUAUUGGCCUACUUCACGUGUUGUUUUUGUUUCAUUUUAUUUUUUCAAAAACCUACUACAGUAACAACACUAUUUCCUUAAAUUCUCCCUGAGCUUCAGUGUUGUGAACAUUUACCCAAAAGCAGCUUUAGUUUUGCUUGUCAGCCAGACAAGCAUAUAACAUAAAAUGUUAUAUACUGUGAUAUACAUUUGUUAAAAUAAUGUUGUGCCAUUUGCUGUAAAGAUCAUUUUUGUAAUUGUGCAAGCACUUUUUAAAACAGUCCAUAGGUCUUUGGUUUUCUCGAUGUUACCUCUGUGACAACUCUAUGUUUUGUAAAUCACAAUAAUUAAACACUAUCUGUUAUAGUGCAGUAUUUAAAUGCCUCGCAAUCUGCUCGUUUUAUUCAUAUUGGAAUAAAAACAACUAAAAUUAAUGUUCUUACACAUUAUGUUAUUUGCCUUUAGCCCUGACUUGAUACAGCCGUGUUAUGUAAUUUUUGUAAUAAAAAGUCAUUAAUAAAUCCCUUUGUCCCUUGACUGAAU